AUGGGUGAUAACACUACCUUGAUUGAUUCUCUCUUGCACCGGCUGUCCACGGCGUUCAAAAUCCGGGACUUGGGAAAGUCGGCCUUCUUCCUUGGCAUAGAGACAGUUACCACCCCAGAUGGCAUGAUUCUUACUCAGCGACGAUACAUGCGGGACAUUCUUCAACGAGCAGGCAUGUCCGAGUGCAAGUCACUAGCCACUCCAGCAGCUGUGACACAGCCUGUUAGUCAAUCUACUGAUCCGUUUCACAACCCGACUCAUUACCGUCGUCUCACCGGGGCCCUGCAGUAUCUCACCAUCACUCGGCCAGACUUGUCCUAUGCGGUCAAUCGUUUGUGCCAGUUUAUGCAUACUCCUACGGAAGAUCAUUGGGGGCUGCUUAAGCGUGUGCUCCGCUAUAUUAAGGGCACCCUCGACUACGGUCUCCGUGUUUCACCUUCUGUGUCGUCUGAUAUUCAUGCUUACUCGGAUUCGGAAUGGGCCGGAUGCCCAGUAGAUCGGAAGUCUACAAGCGGAUACGCUGUGUUUUUGGGGACUAAUCUGGUCUCGUGGGUCUCGCGGAAACAGCGGACUGUGGCUCGCUCAUCCACCGAUGUUGAAUACAAGGGGUUAGCCGAUGUCUGUGCUGAGGUCACCUGGAUCGUGUCCUUGUUACGGGAGCUUCGUCUGUGUUCUUCCACGCCACCAGCACUGUGGUGUGAUAAUCUUGGAGCCACGUACCUCUGCGCAAACCCUGUGUUCCAUGCUCGCACCAAGCAUGUUGAAGUGGAUUACCACUUUGUUCGGGAUAAAGUUUCUUCCGGAGAGUUCCAGGUUCACUUUGUCUCGACUAAAGAUCAGCUUGCGGACAUCUUCACUAAACCGCUUCCAGCAGCACGGUUUGGUACUUUACGUAGCAAGCUCAAUGUCGUCUGUCACCAACCUUGCGCUUGA